GUCUACUAUAAGGAGAAAAAUCCUGGAAUGUUUUAUCAAAAACUUUAAUUUCUUUUCGAUCACUCAUAUACUCAUAAACAGUGUCUGUUCAUCACUCUAAACAGCUCUUAGUGUUAGUAAGAUCUUUGCACUUCUGAAGAUUAUUAAUGCUCAACAUCAGUGUGUGUAAAUGAACUGAUCAUUAGAUGUACAGAAGAUAUUUCUCAUGUCAGGAAUCAUGUGUUACAUGAGCUUCAUCUAGGGCUGUAGUCAAGUCCACCUUUGUCGAGUCCAAGUCCAAAAGGUUCGAGUCCAAGUCAAGACCGAGUCCAAAGAGGUUCAUGUCCAAGUCAAGUCCAAAAGGUUCGAGUCCAAGUCAAGUCCGAGUCCAAAUGAGACAGUCAAGACAGAGACAGAAAAAAAAGAAUCCUCUUCAAGACCACGUACAUAAAUAUUGAUAAUUUAUGUGAUGCGAGAGACAGCAUAUCUUAGAUUCUAAAAUAAUAAUUUUGCAUUAUUAUUUUUUGCAUUAUUACUUGUUUUUAAAUUCUCUACAACUGUGGUUCCCAAACAUUUUACAGUCGGGUACACCCUGAGGCAUUUUACAUUCUUCUGCAUACCCCUUCUCUUCCACUUAGACUGCUGCAAUCACCCCUUUUCCAUUAAGGGACAAUAUUUUCCCCUUUAAACUGAUUGUGCAUUAAAGUGCUUUUUUUACCUCUAUAAAUACCUUUAUAAAAUAAACAAAUGUUUUAAAUUAAAAAUGUCCAAAAGAGAAAUAAGCAAUGAUGUUAAAACCUGUGAUACUUUUAAAUAUUGAACUAAAACCGCCAGUAGGUGGCGGUAAGUCACUAUCUUAAUGAGUGAGUCAUCGAGUCAUUUAUUCAUUAAUUCAGUAGCGAAGCAAGUGGAUGUAUUUUUGAAAGGGUAAUUGAAUCAUUGACUCUCAUGGUUUUUACACAGCCACAGAUUCUUUCACAAAACAUCGAUAUGAGUCUCAGUUCUGUUGUGGCUUUCGUUUGAACUAGAGAUGCGGCGACUGCAAUUUUCUUGGCCGAUUCCGAUUUCAGAUUUUUGGAUAGUGUGAUCUGCCGAUACCUAUUUUUGCCGAUUCUGAUUUUCUUUCUAAGAACUAUAAUUGACAGCAUAUACAAACAAAAAUCUACCUUUCUUCAAUGCAAAGUUUUAUUUUCAUAAAAAAAGUAAAACUCAGUAAUAAAAUAAGAACAAAUAUAAAAAAAAUCCAAACAGCAAAUAAAUGCAAUAGAAUAGAGAGCUAUGAAACUAUGUUUUUCAGGUUAAGUAGGUUUUUAUUUAGAUAAAAAAAUACUACAGAAAUUAAAGUAAUCAAAUGUAAAAUAACACAUCCAUGUUGGUUACCUUAAUUUCUGUAUUUUUUAUUGUAAAAAUUAAAUACAGAUUUAUUCUUACCAUUAAAGUUAAAAACGUAUUCAGUCAAGAGCAGAAAGUGUUUUUUGUUCUUUAAAUAACAGGACAGACAGCUGCAGGAAUAUUGGACAGCUGUCCCUUUAAGAGUUUAUGAAUGGACCAUAGACUGUAAAAGGAAUGGACCCAAUAAGCCUAUUUCACAAAAUGGCGGCCGAGAACGGAAGUAGGGAAGCGUUUCUUCCGGUCGCGCCGACGCCCGCUGCGAUCAGUGAAAGCUUUUCCAGAAAAAUGGCGGAGACUAAAAGUAGUCAGUCUUGUAGCGUGCCUUUGUGUUACAACUCAAAGAAGAAACAACCCUACUUGUCGUUUCACGGCUUUCCGAGCGAUGAAAAUGUCAAAAAGCGUUGGAUUUGGGCAAUACGAAGAGAUGAGGGGGCGUCAUUUGCAGUGAGGAAGGGCAGCACUUUUGUGUGUGCUAUGCACUUCAAAGAGGAUGAAGUCCGCGUCCAUCCAUCCAGAGUCCGGUCGUAAAUACCUUACACCGCAGGCUGUGCCUUCCAGGUUUUCUUGGAACAAUUGGGGAGAUGUUAAAUCACGCCAGACACGGACGGCAAAAAGAGGUGUCCGUGGUGAGCUUGAGGAAGCAGAUGUUGAAAUGGAGACUGUUGAUGCAGCGCUACUGGUGCAUGAUUACGACAGCCGCGCUCCCCCGGGUGCUCUUGAUGAGGCACUAGAAAAAACAAAGGAGCUGGAAGAACUGGUGUCAAGCCUUACCAUCUCACGAGCUUUGCUGGAGCGAUGGUGUGUUUCUGAUGAAGACUUCAGAUACUUCACAAGGUUCUCGAACAAAAACAUCUUUUUUGUUUUCUGGAGAUCAAUUGAGCCCUCUGCAUCCAGGAUUGCGUACUGGUCCAAAGCCAAGCGGAUUGGACUUUCAACGGUUGAGAAAGAGGUUGUGAAGCCAAGCCCCCAGCGCAAGAUGCAGCUCAUUGAUGAGUUUUUCAUGUUUUGCUUGCGAGUCGCUGUUGGCCUUAGAGAGAGAGUUUUGGCUGAGAUUUUUCAAGUGAGCACUUCUACAGUGAGUCGCAUUACCAUCACAUGGUCAAACUACCUGUACCUUGUGUUGGGAUCGGUUCAAAUCUGGAUGACCCGGGAGCAGGUGAGGCGAACAAUGCCUGUGAAAUUUCAGCAGUACUGCCCAAAUGUAAGGGUCAUUAUUGACUGCACAGAGUUCAGAUGUGAGAGCCCAGAGGCAAUUACCCUCCACUCUGAAACAUUCUCAACCUACAAGAGCUAUACCACCUUCAAAGCUUUAAUUGGAGUGGCACCCUGUGGUGCAAUCACAUUUGCAUCCAAGUUAUUCACUGGCUCUAUCUCUGACAAGGAGUUGACAAGGCAGUCAGGGAUUUUGAACUUACUAGAGCCAGGUGACGAGGUUAUGGCAGAUAAGGGCUUCCUCAUUGGAAAGUUUUUGGAGGAUGUUAAAGCAAAAUUAAUCAUCCCCCCUUUCAAGCACCGUGACCAGUUCAGCAGAGAGGAAACUGAGAGAACUCAGGCCAUUGCCAGACUCCGCAUCCUUGUUGAACGUGCAAUUAGACGAGUAAAAGAGUACCACAUUUGGGAUUCUCCGGUUCCUCUCACUUAAGCAGGCACUGUCAAUCAGAUGUGGUCCUGCUGUUGCAUGAUGGCAAAUUACCAAGGUCCUUUAGAUCUUGAAGGUGAGAUGAAAUACUGGAUAGAGUGAACAUGCUGUCAGCCUGCUAUAUUUCAUUCAUUGCAGCCAAAUCUGGUGCCAUGUGUCUCCUCUCUACAUUGCUUUGUGACAUCAUCAUAACACCAGCUAGUAACAUCCUCUUAUCCUUGUCACCCAGUGCCAUCAUUCUCACCUACUUACCUGCCAGUAACAUCGGCCACUUCCUCAUCUCCAGCCAGUAACAUCGGCCACUUCCUCAUCUCCAGCCAGUAACAUCGGCCACUUCCUCAUGCUCACCUGCCAGUAACAUCGGCCACUUCCUCAUGCUCACCUGCCAGUAACAUCGGCCACUUCCUCCUCAUCUAUGGCCAAUAACAUCGGCCACUUCCUCCUCAUCUAUGGCCAGUAACAUCGGCCACUUCCUCCUCAUCUAUGGCCAAUAACAUCGGCCACUUCCUCCUCAUCUAUAGCCAAUAACAUCGGCCACUUCCUCCUCAUCUAUAGCCAAUAACAUUGUUUUUUUUAAUCAACUGUGUGUGUAAAAUAUACUGUAAAAAUCUUCAGGCAACCUCAUCCCUUGCUAGAACCAGAGAAGAGCUUGUCCUGAGCUAGCCCACUUUGUGACACUGUGGUCUAUCUUCUGAUUUUGAACACAUUGUCAUUGACUGACUUCUCAUCUUUCCAGCUUGGGAAAUCAAAACAUGAAUGUAUGUGCCAAAGUAGAAUUCAUCAGCUUUAGCCUUGAUUUCUUGGAUCAGCACAUCAUCUCUUCACACUCUCUCUACAGUAAAGUCACCCCUAGUAUCUGUCACCAGAUCACACCAAGCUAAGCCAGUGACCAUCAGCUGACCCUGAACUUGCCAGUGGGCAUUUAACCUCUACCAGGCCAUAGGGAGGUUCUUCAUUUGGGUCCACCACUUUGCCAUCUGGACUGGCACCAAGAUGUGGAGCAUGGGGGUGGAUGACGAGACCGCAUGGGAGGACAUUGACAUCGAAGGUGGCAGCA